GUGCCGAGCCGAGCCGCGGCUGCGCCGUGCCGCACACGUGGGUGCGCCGGCGCCGAGCGGGCGCUGAGCCAUGGGGAAGAGCCGGGCGCGGCGGUUCCGCAGGCCCCCCCCGGCCCCCAGCGGCCCGGAGCAGGCCGGCCCCGAGGAAGAGCCGGCGGCGGAGCUGCUGGAGAAGCUACAACAUCCGAGUGCUGAAGUGAGAGAGUAUGCCUGUGCCAGUAUUUCCAGGUUGCUGCAGCAGAAACACGUAAUCCCAGCCUUUUUGCAGAGAGAUGUUGUCCGGUGUUUAGGACCGAUGCUGCUGGAUCACAGUUUAGCUGUUCGCGAGACAGCUGCGGGCGCUCUCCGAAAUCUGAGUGCUUGCGGAGGGUUUGAAGUCUGUGAUGACAUGGUGACAAAAGACGUCAUGACUCCUCUUGUUGCACUUCUGAAAGAGUGUAGCACUGGACUAGAUGCUAACCAGCUCUCUCCAAAGAAAUGCAGAGAGAUGAACAAAAAUUACAUCGAAGACAUAGCCAAUGAGGCUAUUAACUUGCUGUGGAAUGUAUGUGAAUGCAACAAUACAGCAGUGUCCAUAUUCAAUAAAGAAGGGUGUUUGGAGGCUGUGUUACAUUACAUGAAGAAAUUUUCCACAAAUGUGGACCUGGCUAUUUCAGUAGCAAACUGCUUACAGGCAGUGACGGAAGAUAAUCCAGAUCUUCUUUCUUCAUUCAAUGCUUCUGCACAGCAAGUAUUGGAAACUGUGAUGUUGUGUCCAGAGACCACAAUGAAGCAUGUACUUCUGAGAACACUGAUAGCAGGCACCAUCUGGAAUAUCAAGGACACAAUUCCACCAGGCAGCCUGGGAAGCAUGGUUAAUGCAAUCCUGAAGAUUUUUUCAGAAUCAUUAGCAAUAGAUGCUGGUGAAACAAUUAUUCGUAUGAAUGAAGCUGAAAAAAACAGGUUAAAGCUUGCUGCAGAGGCAGAAACUGAGGAAAACAUGAGUGAUGUUAUAGACAACUGUGCUGUAAGUGAAGAUGAUGACAUGGAAGAAAUACCAAAAGGGAAAGUCAGACGAGAACAUGACAUUUCAGACCUACUUCCAUCUGAUAAAUGGGAACUGAAAGAAGUGACAGCCUUACUGAUGGCUCAGCAGACUGCUUUGGAAAUCAUUGUUAAUAUGUGCUGCAGUGAAGAUCCCUCCGAUGACGAAUGGGAAGAACUGUCCAGCAGUGAUGAAAGUGACCUGUUUAUGGAAAAUUCUUACAAUGAGGGCAGUGGGCUGCUGAUGUCACCCCUAUGCCUCUCUGAUGAGGUUCACUCAGCAUUUCUGAACAACCUUAUUCCAAAGAAGAUUCUUGAAAAAACUGCUUUUCCGAACAGUGUUGCUCUAGACAUCUGUAUGCACAAUCCGUCUUGGAAACCAUUAAUUAAAAAACUGAACACAGUGCAGUGUAGAGCUUUAACAUGUCUUCAUAGCAUUUUAUUAGUGUCAGAUGUGGAUUGCCUUGGAGGAGCUUCAGCACUUCAGUCACUUGCACAGCACCUUUCACAGCUGGUCUUUUCUAAAACAGAACUCCCUGAAGACGCAGAAUUCCUGGAAGCCAUAACCAGUGCUUUGAGGGCUCUCUUACAAACAAUGGCAUCAAAGAACAUCUCCCAGUGUAUGACUCCUGAUCAGCUACUGGCUUUAUGUGAAGCUGGUAUUCACAGCAGCAAUGCCAGCGUUAGAGUGAAUGUAGUGAGCAUCCUUGGAAUUUCUGGCAGUGUCCUGGCAAAAUUACAAGAUACAGCUGAAACACUAAAGAUGAUUGGAAAAUUUCUUCUUGAGGUUGCUAUGAAGGAAUCUUCUCUCGUAGUAGCAGGAGAAGCCUUGGAUGCGCUUUUUGAUGUAUUUGCAGAUGGUAAAGAAGCAGAAAAAGCAGCGGUACAGAUGAAGUUGCUCCCAGCACUGAAAGAAUUUCAGCCAGUGUUCAAAUUGAGGAUGCGAAAAGAAGGCAAAGAACAAUGUAGUACGGAUCAGCUUUGUGUUCUUGACAAUGUGAAGAUGAAUUUGAGAAGAUUCAUUGCAUAUCAGGAGACGCUAGGCAAAAACCCAACUUGAAACAUCGAGGAACUUUAAACUAAGGUUUCCUUAUUGCAAAAUGUUUUCCAAAAAUAUAACCAUUUUGAACUUCUAAAAUGUAUUGAGCAGAACAGUUUGUGCUUUCAUGUUCAUAUUAGAUUUUUAAACGUUCAGUAUUUUAUACUCCUGGGUUGAUGCAAUAUGUAAGUAACGUCAGCAUAAAAAUGCAUAGCAUACUUUGAGAUUAAAUGUUAGCAGUGAUAAUAAUGUGCUUUUGCAGUCGUGAGAUCUGUAAAUAGCACCACUGUCAUUGUUUAGAAACUGUCAUGUAUCCUGGUGGACAAGUACAAUUGCAUUAAAACGUAAUUUAAAGAAUAUUGUCAGAUAUGCCCUAGAUCAAGGUGGGGGGAACAGGACACUGAAGUUAUUUUGAGGGAAUUGAGCAGUGGCAGGAUGUUCCUAUUUGCCAUUUGCUCUUAAUUGUUUCUAGAAUUGCACAGGCACUUAUGGCAAGAUUCACUAGAAAAGUGUGUGACAGCGUAUAGAUUACUAUCAGCACUUGGAUCUGUUGCUUCUUAAGGUUUAUCAAAGAGGAAACUGUUUGCUUCAUUUAUGAUAAAUUUGGUAUGAUAGCUUUUCACUCUUGAAAUCAGUCUAAGAGGAUGCUAUUCUUAAACAGUUCCAUGUUUUUAAUUUGAUUAGUAUUUCAGAAAAUCAAGUCUCCCGAUGUACCUUCUUCCUUGUAAUUCUACAUCAGGAUGAAUUUGAAUUCAGGGAAGUAGUAAACAUAAUAAAAAUAUUUUGUUAUAC